AUGGGGAAGAACGGCCUUCCAGCAUAUACGAUGUUCGCUCUUACUCUGUUAAUCAUAAUUUGCAACUGUGACGGGUUAUCUACUGGUAGGGGAGAUUCUCUUUCCUUGGGCGCCUCGCUGAUUGAAAAUCAGACAAUAAUUUCAAAGAAUGGCACGUUUAGAUUGGGAUUUUUCAGUCCAAAUGGGAGCAAUAACUGGUAUAUUGGCAUCUGGUAUGCCAAGAGACCAGAGCAGGUCAUUGUUUGGGUGGCUAAUAGGGAGAAUCCGGCGAAGAACAAGCCUGGCGUUUUGAAGUUAUCAAAAAAGGGUAAUCUGGGCCUGUUUGAUGCAGAGGGCACGUCUCUUUGGUCUGUCAAUGUAUCGAACAAGGUCUCAAGGGCUGUGCUCUUAGAUUCUGGUAAUUUUAUAAUGCUGAGAAAUGACAAAAAACCUGAGACUGUUUGGCAGAGUUUCGACUAUCCUGUAGAUAUCUGGUUGCCCGAGAUGAAGUUCGGUGGACAGCAAAAGCUAAUCGCUUGGAAAAACUCAAAGGAUCCCGCUCCUGGCCUUUUCUCCCUUCACUUGGAUUCAUCUGAAAAACAAUUCGUGCUAACAUGGAACAAUUCUAUCCGGUAUUGGAAGAGUGGAACUUGGGACGGCCAUUUUUUCAGUGCAGUUCCGGAAUUGGUAAACGGAGACUUGUACAAUCUCAGGCUUGAAAGUACCAGCUCUGGUUUGUAUAUCAGUUAUGAAUUGGUGGACAAGAUCUCAUGUUUUCUCCAGGUUAAGUCCGGAGUGAUACAACCAAUUGCUUUGUAUGAUGGGUUUGAACCGAUCAUGGUGGGUAGUCGCCCAAGAGAUCAAUGUGAUGUAUAUGGUCUUUGUGGCGCUUAUGGAAGAUGUAACUCCAACAACAUUCAGUUCUGCAGCUGCGUGGAAGGCUUCUCGCCGGCAGAUAAUCACACCUGGGACUCAAAAGACUGGUGGUCUAGUGGCUGUGUUCGGCAGAGCCCAUUAAACUGCAGUACCAAAAAAGGCAGCACUGACGAAUUUAUCGACUCUGGUGCAACGUUGCCUGAUGAUUCAGCUUUGUCAUACCCUGCACCCACAAAGGAGGAUUGCCAGAAAGCCUGCCUCCGUAACUGCUCGUGCACUGCAUUUGCUUUCAAUUCUCCUUCAGGCACCUGUCAAAUCUGGUCCGGAGAUUUGCUAAACAUGCAAAACCGUCCAUCAGACAGCAGACCUACUGUCUCCAUUCGAGCAGCUGCCUCUGCACUUCCAAAGUUUCAUAAAUCACCGUCCUCCUCCAAACAGAAAAUCAUAAUUAUUGUGAGUGCUCUCGCCCUUGCUUUGAGUAUCUUUUUAUUCUUAAUGUGGCAAAGGUAUCGGCUACGACCACCAAAUGAGAUACGUGAGGAUUCCUCAGACUCUUGUCUUAGAAUGUUUAGUUACAUGGAGUUGAAGAUUGCAACAAGGAAUUUCAGGUCCAAGUUAGGAAGGGGAGGAUUCGGCUCAGUGUUCAAAGGAUCUCUAACAGAUGGUACGCUUGUGGCCGUGAAGCAAUUGGAAGGUUCAAGACCACAUGAGAAACAGUUCCGAGCUGAAAUCAGUUCUCUUGGCAACAUACAACAUGCUAAUUUGAUUAGACUUCGAGGGUUUUGUGCAGAAGGUUCCAGAAGGUUACUGGUUUAUGAUUACAUGCCCAAUGGCUCUCUAAAUUCCCCACUGUUCACCAGUAAUUGCAAAAGUGAACGGAAGAUACUCGACUGGAAGACACGAUUCCAAAUCGCUUUAGGCACUGCACGAGGUUUAGUUUAUCUCCACGAGGAGUGUAGAGAUCGCAUCAUUCAUGGCGAUAUAAAGCCCGAGAACAUUCUUCUGGAUAGUAAUUUUUCACCCAAAUUAGCAGAUUUUGGGUUUUCAAAGCUUGUGGGUAGAGAUUUCAGCAACGUACUGACCACAACAAGAGGAACGAUAGGGUAUUUAGCUCCAGAGUGGAUCUCCGGUCUUCCCAUCACUCCCAAGGUUGAUGUUUACAGUUUUGGUAUUACACUCUUGGAAAUCAUUUCUGGGAGAAGAAGUCUAGAUUUAAGUGUGCAAGAUUCAAGUAAGUAUUACUUUCCCGCGUGGGCUGCUACUCAAAUUUGCCAGGGGAAGAUGAUUAAUAUUGUGGACGAAAGUAUUGCGGCGGAGGCAGAUGUUGAAGAGGUGAGAAGAGCAAGUGUUGUAGGGUUGUUAUGCAUAGAAAGGGAGGAGGAGAUGAGGCCAAGCAUGAAACAAGUGGUGCGGAUGCUAGAAGGGAAGAUGGACCCUCAAAUUCCACCGAUGUUCAGUUCUGCUGUCGAGGAAAAACAAGCGGACCGAACGGAGACUGAUAGAGAUAGCAAUGACAAUUUUGUCAAAUAA